AUGGUAAAUGUGAUUGCUUUGUAUCCUGCAAUUCGUGAGGUGCUUGAUUUAAUUGGGGAUGAUGCUAGAAAUUGUGAUGAUGCUCGAAAAGCGGAUAAUGCUUUGCAAAAAGGAGAUCAAGAUAUUGUUAAUGCCAUGUCACUUGUUUCUUUGACUAAAGAAAGAUUGCAAGACAUGAGAGAAAGUGGGUGGGAUAAUUUCCUUACCACAACCACUACAUUCUGUGAGAAAAAUGGCAUUAGUGUUCUUGAUAUGAAUGAGCUUAAUAAUCGAUUUGAUGAGGUUAGUAUGGAAUUACUUGUUUGCAUGGCUUCUUUGAGUCCCGUUGAUGUUUUCUCUUCCUUUGAUAAACAAAAGAUACUAAAACUUGCCGAGUAUUAUGAAGAUGAGUUCUCAAGUGCUGAUUUGUUAAGCCUUGAUGAUCAACUAGGGAACUAUAUUACUGAUAUGAGAAGAGAUGAUAGAUUUUGGGGAUUAAAUGAUCUUAGUGAACUCUCCAUGAACCCUAUGGUUGUAAGAUCACUUGAAGUAGAGAAAGAUCUAUUCCGACCUCGGGAAAAUGAUGAAGAAAUUCUUGGUCCUGAAGUAUCAUAUCUUAGUGCAAUUGGAGCACUAAUGUACCUUGCAAGUACGAAGGAUAUGGGUUUAUUUUUUCCCAAAGUUGUUCAAAGAAAAUUUGAUUGGUUUUCAGAUGCAGGUUAUUUAUCUGAUCCUCAUAAUGGUCGGUCACAAACUGGAUAUGUGUUCACAUAUGGUGGUAUCGCCAUUUCUUGGCGUUCCAUGAAACAAACCAUUGCACCUACUUCUUUCAAUCAUUAUGAGAUUUUAGCAAUUCACGAGGCUAGUCGUGAAUGUAUUCGUUCAAGUGAGAAUUUAGCAGACUUAUUCAUUAAGGCUCUUCCGACAGCAACAUUUAAAAAGGUUUUUCAUGGAAAGGUUUUUAAUGAGCCUCUUUACUUUAUCUUAUUUUUAAUUUGGGCGGCAAAAUUAAUUAUUGUUGGUGCUAAAUUGUAUAACCGUUACGAUUUCCUAACUGAUUUUAUCUUUGGUUCUGGUACCUCUUCUUAUCAGGUUGAGGGAGCAGCAUUUGAAGAUGGAAGGAAAGCUAGCGUCUUUGAUACCUUUGCUCAUUCUUGGAAACAUUUGCAAGGCACUGGAGAUGUUACAUCUGAUGCAUAUCACAAUUACAAGAAAGAUGCCGAACUCAUGGCAGAAACAGGAUUAGAGGCAUAUAGAUUCUCUAUCUCAUGGUCAAGGCUAAUACCGGAUGGCAGAGGACGUGUUAAUCCCAAGGGUUUGGAAUACUACAACAAUCUAAUCAAUGAGCUCAUCAAUCACGGGAUCCAACCACAUGUUACAUUAAUGCACUUAGAUACACCACAGGCGUUGGAGGAUGAAUAUGGAGGAUUUAUCAAUGUGAGGAUUAUAGAAGAUUUCACUGCAUAUGCUGAUCUUUGCUUUAGAGAAUUCGGGGACAGAGUUCUUUAUUGGACAACUAUCAAUGAGGCCAAUAUAUUUGUUUUAGGGGGUUAUGAUAUUGGUAAUUCACCUCCUGGUAGAUGCUCUAACCCUUUCGGAGUUAAUUGCACGAAAGGAGACUCAACAACUGAGCCAUAUCUUGCUGCUCAUAACAUGUUGCUUGCUCAUGCAUCAGCUGCUUCACUUUACAAGGAGAAGUAUCAGGCUAAACAACUCGGCCAAAUAGGGUUCAGUCUCUAUACCUACCAUCAUAUUCCUUCAACAGAUUCGACUGAAGAUGUGAUUGCAACACAGAGAGCUCGUGAAUUUUCUAUUGGCUGGUUCAUGCAUCCCUUAAUGUAUGGAGAUUACCCGAGAAUAAUGAAGGAAAAUGCUGGCUUCCGGAUUCCUGUUUUCACCAAAAAACAAUCGGAUUUGGUGAAAGGAUCAUUCGACUUUAUUGCAGUAAAUUACUACACUGCUAUGUUGAUCUCACACACAAACCUUACCCCGGAGCCAAGGGAUUAUCUAGCUGACACGGCAAUAAAAAGUGUCUAUUAUAAUUAUACAAGUGAUUCACCAACUGAAGUGACUACGUUCCCAAAUAUACCAUGGGCUCUGCAAGGACUUUUGGAAUAUUUCAAAGAUGUUUACAAUAAUCCUAAGAUUUAUAUAUAUGAAUAUGGUCAAGUGACAGAGCAUCGUACCACAGUAUAUGAUUUAUCGAGAGUAGAGUAUUUGCAAGCUCAUAUUGGAGGUGUGCUCGACGCUGUGAGAAAUGGAUCGAAUACAAAAGGGUACUUUGUUUGGUCAUUUGUGGAUCUAUUCGAGGUGUUAUACGGCUACAAAUACAGCUUUGGUCUGUACUAUGUUGAUUUUCAUGAUCCAAAACGGACCAGGUAUGCUAAGCUGUCUCAGAGAUGGUACUCAGCAUUCUUAAACGGGAAAAAUGUAUCUGUAAAUGAUGAAGGCAACCAACCACGAAAAAGGUCGACCAUCUUUAGGACUACUCCGGAAUUGGAUGAUGGGUUUUGGAGUUAAGGUCUCUAUACUUUGGACUACUUAAGUUUCCUUUGUAUUUUUAAUUUCAAUCACCCUUAGUAGAGAACUAGCUCGUGGUGAACUAUGAGA